CGAGGGCAGAAUGGCACCGGGAAAACGCCAAAUGCCCGGCGCCGGGCUAGGCCAAAGCGUCCCCUAACUUGUGAAGGAUGGUACAAGAAACUCGCGUUAUAGCAGAACUAAUUGUCCCUUUAAAUGGAAUUACAGGGAAGGCGAGGAAUUGAGGCGAUUUGGGGGCUGGGAAUUGUCCGCACAGAGCGCAUGCGCCAGAUGCCCGGCCGGCGAGGGGGGGCUCGUAGCUCCAGUUUUUUUUUUUUUUUUUUUAAACGGGUCACAACGCAUGCGCCGAGUCGCGGGGCUCUCGGCUGGGGAUGCGGUCUUGGAAAAGAGCAAUUGACGUGUGGGGAACUUUUUGACGCAGGGCGCAAGCGCAAGAUGUUCCUUGCUUGGGCGGGCGGCUUUCCCUCGCCUCCCGCACCGCGCAGGCGCAGAUCGUAGCCGAGGCACCCAAGUUGAGGCGCCGAGGCCGGCUGCUGCGCGGUUAUAGCGGAUCCCCACGUGAAGGACAGACAUCGCUGGCGCCCGCAUAACCAUGAUGAGGUCGGGCAACAGAUUCUCGGUGGGUCGAAUUAUGCCAAGGGCACUCUUGGUGGCUUUCGUGGCCCUCCUCCUUGUCCUGCACAUGGCAAGUUCCCAGCAAGACUUUACUUCCAGAAAGCAGCAGAAGAGGGAGUCCUCGGGCGAUUUCCUGUCUCAAACAGGGGCGGCUAUGCGGGAGACUAUGGAUGCCUGGAUCGGGCGGGAGAUCAUGCACGCUGUGACUGAGACCUCGUCUCAAGUGCUCUGGGCCAUCUCCUCGGCCAUCUCGGUGGCUUUCUUUGCUCUCUCUGGAAUCUCUGCACAGCUUCUGAACGCCUUGGGGCUGGAGGGUGACCACCUCACCCAAGGUCUGAAGCUCAGCCCUGGCCAGGUCCAGACCUUCCUGCUGUGGGGAGCAGGGGCCCUUGUUGCCUACUGGGUGCUGGCCCUGUUCCUGGGCUUGCUGUUGGCUCUGCUGGGCCGGAUCCUGUGGGGCCUGAAGCUGUUCAUCUUCCUCGUGGGGUUUGUGGCCGUGGUCAGGUCUGUGCCAGACCCCUCUGUCCGGGCCCUGAUGCUGCUGGGCCUGCUGACCCUGUAUGCUCUGCUGAGCCGGCUGACCGGCAGCCGGGCCUCGGGAGUGCAGCUCGAAGCCAAAGUUCGGAGCCUGGAGAGGCAAGUGGAAGAACUCCGCUGGAGGCAGCGCAGAGCCGCCAAGUCCUCCCGGAGUGCCGAGGAGGAGUGAGGGGCCUGGGAGUGGGGAGGCCGGGGAGUCACACCAAAGAGCCGAGCUGCUCAGGUCAGGGAGCCCCUCCCCCUGCCCGCUCCCCCUGCCCUCCCUCCCCAGGGGCUCUUCUUGCCCUUCUCCUUGGCCCCAGCCCAGCGGCCUUGUAGAGCUGGGGAGGGCCUGCCUGUGCUCCAUCUCCUAUUUCUGCCCCUUAAAGCACACCACUGCCGUGGACUUGGCACAGCCCUCCAGACUCUGGGGCCAUGGCCGGACCUCCGUGCAGCAGGCCCUGCCCCUCCCUCCCUCCCUCCCUGUCUGUCGUCUCUCUGUCUGUCUCUCACAGUCUGUCUGUCUCUGUCUCUGUGCUGUCCCGGGAUGCCAGCCUUUGGUGCCCUCUCGUGUCGGACCCCGUCCUUGCUUCCCUUUGGGCCUCUCGGCCUCCUCGGCCAGCAGCUUCCCGGGUCCUGUGCACCACCGCAUGGUGGGGAGGACGCGAGAGCUGGGCCCCGAGCUCUGGGGAGGUUCCAUUUGGGGCCGGGCCGGGUGUCAAAUCUGUGACAAGUGCCUUCAGUCGAGCCCGCGGUGCCUGCUUCUUGCCUGCUGUCGUGUAGGGACGUGUAUUUGGGGGUCCUGAGCCCAGGAGGGAGCAGCCUCCCCGACUCCGGACCCGCUCUAGCCAAAGCAGCCCCUACGGAGCCCAGCAGCCCGAGCCAGCUUCUCCCUCCACCCCCCUGAACCCUGUCCCAGCCCCGGGGCCGCCUGGGACGACCUUUGUCCUGGAGCUUGUCUCCGCCGGCCGGCCAAGGGGGCGCAGGGAAGGGGGACCUCUUUUUACAGACGCUCAUUGGGUUUUAAAUUUCAAAGAAUGCUCGCUAUUUUAUCUCGUUCCAUAUAAAACGUGUUUAAUCCUA